AUGGUUCAUCUCCAAAGCUUUUUCGCGGCUGCCGCUGCUCUGGUGACGACAGUACAGGCUGCCAGCCUCCAGCAAGUCAGCAAUUACGGGACGGACACAUCUGGUGCACAGAUGUACAUAUACGUUCCAGAUGCGGUAGCGUCCAAGGGGAGCUCCUCGAAUGUGCCCAUCGUGGUGGCCAUCCACUACUGCACAGGCACAGGCGCGGGAUAUUACUCGGCUAGCCCCUACGCUCAGCUCGCCGACCAGUACGGCUUCAUCGUCAUCUACCCGUCAUCGCCCUACUCGGGCACCUGCUGGGACGUCUCGUCUGUGGCGUCCGAGACGCACGGAGGGGCGGCCGACACGGCGGACAUCGUGCAAAUGGUCGACUAUGCACUCUCGACAUACGGAGCCGACAAGACCCGCGUCUUCGUCACCGGCAGCUCGUCCGGCGCCAUGAUGACCAACCUACUGGCUGCCACGUACCCUGAUGUCUUUGCCGCCGGCACGGUGUACUCUGGUGUGCCUGCUGGCUGUUUCUACACGGGCACUGUGGACGGGUGGAAUAGCACCUGUGCCGAGGGGGACAGCAUUCACACGCAGGAGGUCUGGACGGAAGUUGCCCAGGCCAUGUACCCUGGGUAUACGGGCACACGCCCCAAGAUGCUGAUCUUCCACGGGUCGGCGGACACGACUCUGUACCCUCCUAACUUUAACGAGACCAUCAAGCAGUGGACGGGCGUCUUCGACUUCUCGGUGGACCCCGUGUCGACGCAGGUGGGGACACCCUCGUCGGUCUAUACGAAGACUACUUAUGGUAACGGUAGCGUGGUGGGCAUCUAUGGCCAAGGCAUCGGUCACACCGUGCCUAUCAUGGGGGAUCAGGACAUGGCUUGGUUUGGCAUCUCGUAG